AUGAAACCACGUGCAAAAUCCACGAGAACUAAAGUAUCACCCAAUACACAUGAUGAGCCUCCACGUGAUACAGAAGACCAUAGGGACUUUUUGUUAAAAGAAGCAAAGUGGAUGUACGAUUGCUUUGUAAGUGAACACAGAUGGAAAAUCAAGUCAUUUAAAGCUGUCAUUUAUGCGGCUGCUAAGUAUUUAACAACCAAAGAUAGCAGAAUCAAGAAGCGUCGCGAAGAAGAAGACAAGAGACUCAGAUUAAUCGCUAAAAAUGUAUCCUAUAGUAUGAGUAAGUUUUGGAAUAGCAUAUCUAAGAUAGUACGCCAUAGAAAAAUUGGUAAAUUAAAUGCUAAAUUAAGAGAGAAACAGUUUGAAAAAUUGGAUCGAUUGGUAGAAGAAACGGAACGCUACUAUAGAGGAAUCCAAACAACUUUUGUAAAAGAGGAACCCAAAAGAAAACUCAACUCUGAAGUAUCGGAUAUAACAUCUGAAAAUAUACAUACUAAAACUGAUUAUCUGCAAAGUGCUAUAGAUACAGAAAGCGAUGAUGAAGAUGUAGAUAUGGAUGAUUGGAAUGAAAUAGAAAAAUCUGACUUAAAAUUUGAUAGAGAAAUGUCUUCUACAGAUGAAGAAAAGGACAAAGAUGCAGAGCUGAAAGAUUUGGACAUAGAUGCAAACUUAUCAAUAGAAGAACUAUAUGCAAAAUACUAUGGAGGUGAAAAGAUGAUAAAUGAAUCAAGAAAUAGCAGUAAAAAAGAAAAUUCAGAUAUUGAAAAUACUCCAGUCGAAAGUGAGGAUCAAAUAUAUAGCGAUACAAUGGACUAUCUCACACCUACUGAUAACAAUAAAGUGCUUUCAAACUCAGAAACUGAAGAAUCUUCUAUAAACUUCGAUUCAAAUGAAGAGGAUAUAGAAGAAUUAGAGGCUGAAAAAGAAAUGAGUGAAGCAGAUAAAGAUGAUGCAAGCAACUGGUCAGAUGAAUGCGCAGCUUUAGAGAAUGAGGCCAAUAUGCCAAUGGAAGACCUCUUGAUUAAUAUAAAGGGCACAAAGGAAAUUUCAAAUAUACCCGAAGAAUUGUCCAGAAAGCAUAAAUGCACCGAAAAUCCUUAUAAACAAGAACAUAUUAAGCGACCCACUGAGGUAAAUACAGAAGUAAUCCCUAUAUGUGUUGAAAUACCUCAUCUUUUAAGAUUAAAGAUGCGUGAAUAUCAGUGUAUAGGUUUGAACUGGUUAGCAGCCUUAUUUAAUAGAGGAUUGAAUGGUAUCUUAGCCGAUGAGAUGGGAUUAGGGAAGACAAUUCAAACAAUUGCUCUCUUGGCAUAUUUAGCAUGUUCAAAAGGUAUAUGGGGGCAACAUCUUAUUGUAGUUCCUACAAGUGUUAUGUUAAAUUGGGAAAUGGAGUUUAAACGCUGGCUCCCAGGAUUUAAAGUUCUAACAUACUUUGGGAAUCCUAAAGAACGUCAAAAGAAACGAAGUGGAUGGAAUGAUUCAAAUGCAUUUAAUGUAUGUAUAGCAUCAUAUACCUUAAUUUUGCAAGAUGCUCAUAUAUUUAGGAGAAAAAAGUGGCAAUACUUAAUUUUAGAUGAAGCCCAAAAUAUUAAGAACUUUCGUUCUCAAAAGUGGCAAACCUUACUUUCUUUUAAUACCCAAAGGCGUCUUCUGUUAACGGGAACCCCACUUCAAAAUAACCUUCUUGAACUAUGGUCUCUUCUGCACUUUUUAAUGCCAAAAAUAUUUAGCUCUCACCACGACUUUAAAACUUGGUUUGCUGAUCCUUUAACUUCUGCAAUUGAACAACAGCAAAUUGAAAAUGAGAGAACCUUACUUAAACGAUUACAUACAGUUUUACGCCCCUUCCUACUACGUCGACUAAAACGAGAUGUUGAGAAAGAAAUGCCUUCUAAAGUGGAACAUGUAAUACGAUGUCCACUUAGUAAAAGACAAAAGGAGUUAUAUGAUGAGUUUUUAGAGUUAAAAUCUACUAAACAAACUUUAAGUUCUGGAGAUUACAUUGGAUUGAUGAAUGUGUUGAUGCAACUGAGAAAAGUAUGUAACCAUCCAGACUUAUUUGAACCUAGAUUAAUACUCACUCCUAUAGGAGAUGACAAUCUUCGAGUUAAGUUUACUUGCAAUUCAAGCUUAUAUAGGUCUACCUUUGAUGUAACUAGCACCUGCUCUGUCCCAUUCGCUGGUCCAAAAGUAUCCUCUAGAAAUUACAUUUAUCACUCCAAAAUUUCCCAAAAUCAAAUUAAUUAUAAAUAUGAAGAUUCUCUACUGGAAAACCUAUGUGACCCAAUAAUUUUAUCUUUACCAGAAUUAUUCCUUUUGCAUUAUGAACUCCGAUCGAGCAAAAGGCAGAUUCAGACCCAAAGUGAAUUGUCAUUUAACUACUGGAAAUUGCAUCAAGAUAAAAACGAAAAUUUGCUUACUAACACAAAAUUUUAUAUACAAGAAACUUCAUCUAAUUUCUGUGGUUUAGCUCUGCUUCCUGAAGUUAAUAAAUUUAUAUCAAUGCAACUUGACAAAAUUGCCAAUAAAAAUUAUGCGGAGGUUUUUGCAGUUGGAGCUAUAUCUCAAAGUAAGAUGUUCUCUACAUGUAAGUUAUCUCCAAAUAGUCAGUUAUAUUCUGACAAUACUAAUAACCCUACCUUAUCUUCAAUCGAAUACCAAGGAUUGAAUAAUCUUGUAAAUCUGGAGAAUUUCCAAUUAUGGGUACCUUCGUGUGAUUUUCCAUAUCUUGCUAAUAAAAUUAUUCAGAAGUCCUACAAGUUAAAUAUGAAGAUGCAUAAUAGUAGUCAGCAACUUCUAACGAUUCAACAAUCAAAUCUAAGAGUUAUAUAUGGAACGGAUUGCCGUUCACUUAUAUGGAAUGAAUUGCACAAUGCUAAACAAAGCGAACUUGAAAAAAAUCAGAUUUUGGCUUCAUCAUUCCCUAAUGCGUCUCCUCAGCACGGAUGCAAACUUAGCAAUAAAUCAACAAAGAUUCCGCCUCCACUUUGGUGCCACUACAAUAAAGAAAAAAUUUCAGCUAAUAUAUAUACCAAGUCAACAGUUUUAGAAGGUUUAGUACCAAAUAUUUCUAUAAUAAUAGAUAGAAUGCAUAGGAAGUUGGCACUAUUUACAACUAAACUAUCACAUCCCAUACUUCCACUAGGUGUUGACAUCUCUUUACAAGGUAAAGGAUCAAUAAUAAAAAGAGAGUGGGCACUGCAAAAUUAUAUUAAUCCAGAAAUUCUUUGUAAGAUUAGAAGAAGUGUUGAUGUUUUGCACAAAGUGUCUUAUAUACAAAAAUGCCUGGUCCCUUUGAGACGUACUAUUGAAGAUGACUGUGGAAAAUUUCAGAUCCUUUCUACUCUACUUCAUAAUUUAAAGAAGGGAGAUCAUAGAUGCAUUAUUUUCACUCAAAUGAGCAAAAUGUUAGAUAUACUAGAGGCAUUUAUUAAUUUUCAUGGUUAUACAUAUCUUCGUUUAGAUGGUGGAACUAAAGUAGAUGCACGACAAAAACUCGUAGAUAGAUUUAAUAAGGAUAGAAGACUAUUUCUUUUUAUAUCUUCCACACGCUCUGGGGGGGUUGGUCUGAAUUUAACUGGUGCUGAUACAGUUAUAUUCUAUGACUCAGACUGGAAUCCUGCAAUGGAUAGACAAGCAAUGGAUCGCUGCCAUAGAAUUGGGCAAACUCGCGAUGUGCACAUUUAUCGGCUGUUAUCUGAAUGGACAAUAGAAGAAAAUAUAUUUAGAAAACAGCUACAAAAGAGAUUAUUAGAUGAUGUUGUAGUUGAUCAAGGACAAUUUACAACAGAGUUCAUAACUAAAGGGGAUAUACAGAAUAUGCUUGGUACUAGGUCACAAAAUAUGCUUAAUUCAAACGACGAUAUAUAUGCUACAAGAAUCCUACAUGAGAGUUCCACGACGAAUAAAAGUAUGUUAACUAGUAAUAAUUGCGACCCUAAUCGCAAAGCAUUUGAAGAAGCUCUAGGAGUUAUUGAAGAUAAAGAUGAUAUCUCAGCAAUGAAUGUGUUUUCGAAAGAAUUGGCUACUGAAAAUGAUGAAUUCCUACAAGAAUUUAGAGAUAAGACCCAACAAAAUAACUAUGAAAAUCACAUCUUGGAGUCUGUAGAUAUGAAAUACAACCGAAAUACUGUCAAUACUCCAAUUGAGUCAAGUACAAAUAUUCAAAUUAACGAUCUUUUACAAUACUGUAUAAGGUUUUUAGAAGAAGUGGCACUACCUCCAGACAUUAAACGGGAAAUAGAUCUUAUUGAACUACAAAUAGAAGCAGCAGAUAUGGACUACGAAUAUGAAGAAGAAAUGGAAGACAAAUUUGUAAAGGAAAGUCAAGAGGACAAAUGA